AUGAUUUCCCUUAAGUUUGUAUGCGAAUAUUGCAGCAUUAAUCGCAAGUUCACAUUCACGGUGGUUGACCUCCUUCCAAGAAACUCGCAAAACAACCGCCAUAUCUCGUUCUCGGGGCUGAAGAUGGCUGAUUCUCUUUACAAAGCAAUAGGUGCUAUGUCUCUGGUGGAUGACGACCCGAUUGUCUUGCCGGAUGAUCCCAAGUUCCGGGUUUUUGAGGCUAAUGAGAAUAGUCUCCUUGGCCGCCUUUUGAACCCAGACUGCCAAGUGAUGUCAAGAAUGAUAAACUACAUGCCUACUGUAUGGAGAGUCUAUGGAAGAGUACGUGGUAUAGCGCUCUCAAGGGACAGGUUUCAAUUCAUCUUUCAGAGGGAAGAAGAUCUCAUCACGGUACUGAAAGAUCGGCCUUGGUCUUACAACCACUGGACCCUUCUACUGGAGAGAUGGUGCCCAUCACCACCAAAGGACUUUCGCACCUCGCUGGAGGUGUGGAUCCGCAUACGCAACAUUCCGAUGAACUACUACACUUCUGAAACGAUGUAUACUUUAGCCAAGAAGAUAAGGCAUGUGGAGGAGAUUGCUUAUGACCCCAAAGUUUCUCAAGCAACCGACUACAUCAGGGCUAAGGUGACUCUUCACGUGGAGAAACCGGCUUUUGAAGCCAAGAAUCUUAUAAUUCCAGGCGGUGACAUUACGGUCAUAACCUAUGAAUACGAAAAACUCCAUAAAAGAUGCUUCUCUUGCUUCUGGCUCACGCAUGAGAAAACGAGAUGCCCUUAUGCGAAAAGGAAACAUACAAAGCCAGAUCCUAACAAUAACAAAUCAUCAGUUCAUACGCCCACUACGGAGAAGUCGGCAGCAACUAAUAAGGAUGGCAAAUUAUUGGAGGGUCCACCUGGCUUUCCAGCUCUAUUUCCGGAACUAUCACAAGAAGAUCAACGCAUGGCCAUUCAAUACGUCUCUCAUGCUGAUGAAACUGAACGAAGGGCCAGAAUCCAGCGGGUACAAAACUCUAUUGUAGAAGUCCCAGGAGUACAAGAUGUCAUGUUGAGAAUUUCUCACGAUCUCAAUAAAGACAAAGGGCAUGUUUUCAACUACAACUUCCAACAGAACCAGAAAUCUGUCCUCGCAAGGUUGGGUAAAGCUCCUGCUGUCUCUCUCCCUGAUCCAGUUAUUGAGUCUGGUUAUGAAUCAGAAAAAUCAGUUGGACAGGGCAGCUCAUCCAAUCUCUUGGUCCAAGGUGCUACGGCUUUCAGUGUUGGUAUAGCUCCACCUGUCUCUACCGGCAACCAAGGAUCUAAGAAGCGGAACCGUAAUCGCCCCCCUGCAUGGGUACGACGUACAAGAACGAAUGUAAACUAUACAUCUCUCAAUGAGAAUAAAGUUCUAGAGUCAAGUCAGGACUCUAUGGGGAAACGUAAAGCUUCCAGCUCAACGGUUCCUAAGGCUAACAAAUCAUCCAAAACCCAAGAACAAACGGUGGCUUCCGAUCUGAAGCCGCUGCCAUCCCAAUGA